AUGGGCUCCGACUUCAGGCGCUCGCUGCCCAGCACCCUCGUCGGGACUGAAGACGCACCGCCAGCUCCCGUCAGCACCACAGUCGCCAGCAGCGCCAUGGCUGGGUCGGGGUUCAUGAACUUCGCCAGGACGAUUUUGCUUCCUCUCUUCAUUUCCCUGGUCCUCUAUCUCGUGGUAUUCUACGCCUUACUACCUCUCUAUCGCCGCCAUCGAGCUCGUUAUGCGCAAUAUCUCCCUCUGCCGCUCCAAUCCGCCCAAUCAGUUUCUGUUCUCAACUUACUAGUACCUCCUAUUGUACGCCACUCACUGCCAACAUUCGUCACCGGACUCUUUAUGUUCACUAUACGACGGUUUCGGUUCUCGCGCGGUCGAUCCAGCAGCAUCGUCAGCGCGGACGAGGGAACACUCUUUGAUGAAGAGUCGGGCGAGGCGAUGGUGGGGUUCGACGCCCAGGAGCGAAACCGGAGACGGGAUGCCAUGGAGAGGCAAGUCUCCAACAUGGAUGCCGCCACCAGGACUGUGAGUCGCGGCGGGGGUGUGGGAGGGGGACCUGAGUCGGAUUCGAACCGACGACUAAGCCGAGAAUUGGAAGAAGUAUUUCGUGAUGAUUCCGAUGAGGACGACGAAUACGACCCUGUAGUUCUUGGAGGGCGAAGCAGUAAUGCUAGGACAUGA